AUGCCACCCUCAACAGCUCGUCGCGAUACCUCACACAAAUCACUCGGCCAACGUCGAGACAAGUCAGACCUGGCUCGCUGCUCUGUUGAUCUGAGUUGGACCAGAGCGGCGUCCGACAGUGCUCGUUCCAGGGCAUACCCCUCUCCGCCCAUGUCAGGAUCUCCGCCGCUUCCACCAAGACGAAACCUCGAAUCCAGCGAUCGUGGUCAUGGAAGCUAUGGGUCGGGUGGACAGGACGUCUAUCGGGGACUGCAAACACCUCAAAUGGAUCACAUGGAAUCGAGAGGGUCACCGUUGAGAGGCUACAUGCCAGAACAACCGCCCUCGAUGCUCUAUCCAGUGCAUUAUCGACCAGAGCAGAUGGGGCCUACGCAGGCCCAAUACCAGCAGGCGCUUCCCCAAGUACCGCCACAACCGCAACCGCAUCACGGCUACGCACCACAUCCGCAAGCUUUACAACAAUUUCCAGCUCCCGACAGGCAACCAGUAAUGGAGGCGCCCGGAUUUGAAUCGCCCAAACAGCAGAGAAAGACCAAAGGCCAUGUCGCGUCGGCGUGUGUGCCUUGUAAAAGGGCGCAUCUCAGAUGUGAUGCUCAGCGUCCUUGCUCCCGUUGUCUGAGUAAUGGAAAGGAAGAGACGUGCAUCGAUGUGCAGCACAAGAAACGAGGCCGGCCACGGUUACGCGAUGAGCGAGAACCUCGGUAUGAGGCUGUGGGUGCUGGCUAUCCUCCACCUGUCGACCAUUCAAUGAGACGUCCACUGUCCAUGUACCCUUCGACUGACCCUGCUUCGUUUACCGAUACUCUUCAAAGACCCGGCUCGUAUAGGGUUCUGAAAUCUCACGGAGGGCUAAUGGGUGGCGGUUCCAUGGGGCCGAGAUAUACGGACCAUGCCUCUUCUGCAGAUGCGAACAUGUAUGGGGCGCCCGUGCCACCGAGGAUGACUUCUAGCUUCGAACCGCCGUGUGCAUAUCUCACCAUGGAGAUGCAGUUCGUCAAAACGACCCAGAGCUUUGGUGAAACGAUUGGAGUCCAGUCCAUCCAAUCGAGAAGGCUGCAGGACCUUGUGAGUGCCAACGACCGGAACAAGGUUGCGUGCCUGCAGAAAGAUCUCGAAGAGGAGCGUCGGGGGAGGGAACCAAACUAUCUCCCGCCCAUCUACCUUACCAAAUUCGAAGAGGACCACGUCAUCCAGACUAUCGGGUUUGGACCAGAAGACAUUGGGUCCUUAAGGAUCGAUCGGCAGGAAAUGUUCACGUUCCAAGCUCCAGAUGGGCAACAAAGAACAUUCCAGGUUCGCCUCGGACUGGGGAAGAGAGAGUCGACUUAUUUCAUUGUCCUCCUGCUGGUUCUGCCAUCCACGCCACAGAUGUACCAUCAACCGUCAUCAUCUCCCUAUUCGCGCGAGUCGUCUUCUCGGGAUGCCCAAUAUGGACAUCCAACACCUCAACCAGGCUACCAACCAACUCCUGGGGCGUCGCCUUUUGUAUCAACAACUUCCGGCUUCAGCGGCGACCCUCGCAAUGAGAUGUCUGUUUAUAGGGCGAACGGUCCUCUGGGACCGGGGGCCUCCUUUGCGCAGUCUGCUUAUCCCCAAGGCCCCGCUCCCUACCAGACGCCACGGAGUGAGCUGCCACAUGCGCCGGUCCAGGCACAGCCACAGCCACAGCCACAGCCACAGGUCCAGGUCCAGGUCCAGCCACCGCCACAGCCACAGCCACAGCCACAGCCACAGCCACAGCCACAGCCACAGCCACAGCUUUCACAGCUUUCGCAUGGCUUCCAGCUGCCUCCUAUCCGGGACCAGCGAGGGGAGCUUCUAUCGUGUCCUACGCGCCGAAGGGAUGAUAGGAGUGGCCGCGUCGAUAUUGGCGGGCUUCUCGAACAGCCCGGGUCGGAUCGCAGGGGAGCGUGA